AUGUCUGAAAAUAAGAUGAAGGCCGUGCACUACGAAGGGCCGUUCAAGGUCUCUGUCAAGGACGUCGAACUCCCAAAGAUUGAACAUCCGGACGAUGUCAUUGUAAAGGUGACAACAGCAGCGAUAUGCGGUUCAGAUUUGCACAUGUACCAAGGUCGCACAGCAGCGGAGGCUGGUCUUGUGUUUGGCCAUGAGAACAUGGGAACAAUCAUCGAGACUGGGUCGGGCGUUACGCUUUUGGAGAAAGGCGACAGGAUUGUUUUGCCUUUCAAUGUCGCGGACGGACGCUGUAGAAAUUGUGAGGAAGGAAAGACGGCGUUUUGCACAGGGGUGAACCCGGGAUUUGCAGGUGGAGCAUAUGGAUAUGUCGCUAUGGGACCGUACCAGGGCGGCCAGGCGCAAUACCUCCGCGUACCUUUCGCUGACUUUAACGCGCUCAAACUACCAAAGGGCACUGAGCAUGAAGCCGAUUUCAUACUGCUAGCAGACAUCUUCCCAACAGGAUGGCAUGGGCUUGUGCUUGCUGGAUUUCAAUCUGGAGAAAGUGUCGCGGUAUUCGGUGCCGGUCCCGUUGGCCUGAUGGCAGCAUACAGCGGCAUACUACGAGGUGCGAGCAAGGUGUUCGUGGUUGACACGGUCCCUGAGAGAUUGAAAGCUGCGGAAAAGAUUGGCUGCAUACCGAUCGACUUUAGGAAAAGCGACCCUGUCGAGCAGAUCAUUAAGCUCAACGAUGGAAUGGUGGAUCGCGCGGUUGACGCGGUCGGUUACCAGGCGGUCGAUGCCUCGGGUAGUAAAGAGAAGCCCAACGUUGUACUCGAUCAGCUGAUCAUGGUCACUCGGCCGACCGGAGGCUUGGGUAUCCCAGGAUUGUAUGUGCCAGCAGAUCCGGGAGCGCCGGACGAGCAGAGCAAGAAGGGCCAAAUCCUGAUCUCAUUCGGCAAGCUCUUCGAAAAGGGCUUGCAUCUUGGAACAGGCCAAUGUAACGUCAAAGCAUAUAACAGAUAUCUUCGGGACAUGAUUGUGUCCGGCAAGGCGAAGCCGAGCUUUGUUGUAUCGCAUGAGAUCAAUAUUGACGAGGCACCAACGGCGUAUGAGAAGUUUGACAAGAGGAUUGAAGGGUAUACGAAGGUGUUGAUUCAUCCGAACGGCGCUUUGAACUAG